AGCAAGCUUAGCACCUCACGCCGUCACGCGCCGCACUGCAACCAAUGGGCGCCGUCUCGGCAGCGGUGGACUGCGUAGUUGCGCUGUUCUCGCUGAUCAUGGCGGUCGCCGCGCCGUUGUUCGACUCGCAGAUCGUCCUCCCGCGCCGCCUCUACCCAGCGCCGCUCGUGAACUUCCACAGGUGGUUCAUCGCCGAGUUCGACGACUACCUCGUCGCCGACCCGCCAGCUUUCUUCAUCGGCCUCGUCUGGCUCGACCUGGUCUUCCUCUGGCCAGUCUGCGUUGCCAAUCUCUACGGCAUCCUUGCGCGCCGCCGCUGGUCGGCCACCACCUCCCUCAUGGCCGGGGUCUACAUGAUCACCUACUUGUGUGCGAUACUUGGUGAAAUGCUGAGCUCAGGAAAAGCAACGCCGAGGUUGCUUCAGCUGUAUGUUCCAUUCGCCGUGUUUGCUGUAACGGCAGUUUUGCGUGGCCUUUGUUCAUGCUCAGCGCCGUUAGCUGUUGCUAUGUCACUUGCACCUUCAGCUCAGAAGAAGAUGGUCUAGAUUCAGUUUUGCCUUUGUCAUACUCCAGGAAGAAAGUAUUCCAGUACUACUAGAUAUCACAUGCUUCAUACUGAUAAUUUGUACACUUAUACUAUGCAGUAUAUCAUUCCAGGGUUCAACGUGUAACAACCCACUGGAAUGUAGAGAGAAAUAUCACAUGUAUCAGGUUUGUUUUGGAUAAGAGUAAAUUCCACUUUUCACCCCCUA